GCGCGCCGCAUUCUGCGCGACGGAGGCGGGCGCGGGCGAGCCCGCGCCCGCGCCGGCGGAGGCCGCCUCGUGGAAGGCGCUGGUGGACAGCGGGGACUUGUCGAUCUUCACGGGGCUUGUCGCCUCAUACGCGGAAAGGUUCAGGCACAUGGGGUCCAGCUUCUUCAAUUUGAAGCCGUACUUGUGCCUCCUGGACGCAGGCGACGCGGCCUCGCUGCUGGAGGUUGCGGCCGCGUGCCCGGCGGGCUCCUCCGUCCGGCGGUCGGCGGAGGCGGGGCGCUGGAGGAGCGCAUUCCAGCGCUCGGGCGCCGAUCUGCAGGAUGUGCGGACGCUGCUGGAGGCCUGGGAGACCACCGGGAGCUCCGACGACCAUCUCGUGCUCGCGGUGGCCGCGCUGAUAGACGCGGACCGGGAGGCCUGCUGCGCUGGCGGGAGCCCCGGCCGACCGGGAGGUGGAUGCCAUGGCCCUUGCCGUGAAGGGCUUGGCUGGAUCGCCGCACGUGUUCCACUUCCGGGUGCUGCUCGUUUUGAUCCUGCGCGGGGCCUGCGGGUACGGCGCCCUGGGCCAGCCGUCCGCGGCGAUGACGUGCUAUGGCGCCCUGGAGGUGAAGAACAUACAGCACGAGAGCUUGUCGCACCUGGCCUUCGACGCCCUCUGCUCCGUGGGCGGCGCAGAGGCCCUCCGCGAGACCUGCCAGAAGGAAUCAUGCUGUACCACGAAGACCUCGAGAAAGACAAGCUCGACGCUGUGGCGGGCCUGCUGCAGAGCGGCCUGCUGCACCGCAUCCAGGAGUACGUGGGGUCCCUUCGCCAGGUCUCCAGCUCUGUCCUGUGGGGCCGGGCCGCGAUCGAGGAGGCGGCUCUUGAGAUCGGGCAGGCGCAGGCGUGGGACGCGCUGGUGGAGUGCGCCGGGCGCCACCUGCAGCUCGCGGCCUCGGUCUCCAGCAGGCCGCUGGACAGCUGGGCGGUGAGCAACCAGGAGACCGGUGCCUCCUCAACGGCUUCGUGCCGCUGCCGGCGUGCUCGCCUCUGGGCGCGGACGCGUUCUCCCCGCCGGCGUGGCGCCGAGGAGGCGUCGUGCCGCCGGUGGUGGUCCAGGGGGCUAACAUCGGCGCGACGGGCUCGUCGGCCCUGCUGUGGGGCGCGCGCGCUGGCAAGGGCGGCGCCGCCGGGGGAGCGGUCGCCGAAGAGGGGAGGAGGCGCGGGUGCGAGAGCGCGGUCGGCGAGCUGCUGUGCAGGGGCCUGGCCUGGUCGCCCGCGCGGCUGCGGCAGUCCGCCGCGCUGCUGGGCGCCGCGUGCGCGCUGCUGCACCACGGCCCGGCGGGGGACCACUACGCGGCGGCCCUGGAGGCCCGGGCGGGGGGGCCACGGGCGGAGCGCAGGCACCGCCAGGCCGGCGCUGGGCGACGGGUCGGCCUUUGCGGAGGCCGCCCGCCGCCUGCUCGACGGCGGGCCCGCCGCGGCGGCCGCGGCCUGCUGGUCGCGGGCGGCCGAGGGCUUCGCGGAGACCUCUGCAGCGCGUGCGCGCUGGAGGGCUGCGAGGCCGCCGGCCAGGUGCUGGAGUGCCUCUCCGCGGGCACGGCAGACGGGUGGGAGCGGGUGGACAGGCAGCUCUGCGCGCUGGCCCUGGCGGCCAAGGGCCUCGUGGACGCCGCGCGCGAGCCCCGGGGCGCCGGCGCGCCCGCGCUGGCGGUGGGCCGGCACGGCGUGCCGUGGUUGUGGGCGCUGCUGA